AUUAAUAGUGAGCGCUUCAGUGAACUUAGGUCCUGAUUUUGGAGUUUGGAAUCUGACCUUUUCCUAAAGAUAAACAUUAUUGUUGCAGGUUCUGAGGAGGGUCACUUCCUCACCGGCUGCCUUGGGGAGAGCCCUCCUUUCAGUGAGUCGCGGCUAGGAGCUGUAUGAAGUUGGGGUGGCUAGUUAAUAUGAUUCUUCUUGCUGUGCUUUUUCUCUGCUUCAUUUCCUCAUACUCAGCUUCUGUUAAAGGUCACACAACCGGUCUCUCAUUAAAUAAUGACCGGCUGUACAAGCUCACAUACUCCACUGAAGUUUUGCUGAAUCGAGGUAAAGGAAAACUGCAGGACAAUGUGGGCUACCGACUUUCAUCCAACGUGGACGUCAUCUUACUGUGGAGGAAUCCAGAUGGUGACGAUGACCAACUGAUCCAAAUCACGAUAAACAAUGUAAAGGUGGAAAGUGUGAAUCAACAGAGAAAAGAAAAGAGCAUCUUCAAAGAAAAAAAUCCACCUAAAAUCAUAGGAAAGGAAAACUUGGAAGCUCUACAGAGACCUAUGCUCCUCCAUCUAGUCCAUGGAAAGAUCAAAGAGUUCUACUCAUAUCAAAAUGAACCAGUGGCCAUAGAAAAUCUCAAGAGAGGCUUGGCUAGCCUCUUUCAGACACAGUUAAGCUCUGGAACCACCAAUGAGGUAGAUGUCUCUGGGGAUUGUAAAGUGACCUACCAGGCUCAUCAAGACAAAGUGAUCAAAAGGAAGGCCUUGGAUUCAUGCAAAAUAGCAAGGUCUGGAUUCACAAUCCCAAAUCAGGUCUUGGGUGUUAGUUCAAAAGCCUCAUCUGUCACUACCUAUAAGAUAGAAGACAGCUUUGUUAUAGCUGUGCUUGCAGAAGAAACACACAGUUUUGGGCUGAAUUUCCUACAAAGCAUUGCGGGGAAAAUAGUAUCAAAGCAGAAAUUAGAGCUGAGGACAACCGAAGCGGGCCCAAGGCUGAGACCUGGAAAGCAGGCUGCUGCGGUGAUUAAAGCAGUUGACGCAAAGUUCACGGCCAUUCCCAUUGUUGGGCAGGUCUUCCAGAGCGAGUGCAAAAGAUGCCCUUCUCUCUUGGAGCACUGGCAGUCCAUCAGGAAACAUCUGCAGCCUGACAACCUCUCCAAGGCUGAGGCUGUCAGACACUUCCUGGCCUUCAUUCAGCACCUCAGGACUGCAAAGAAAGAAGAGAUCCUUCAAAUCCUGAAGACUGAAAACAAGGAAAUUCUACCUCAGCUGGUGGAUGCUGUCACCUCUGCUCAGACCCCAGACUCACUAGAAGCCAUUUUGGACUUUUUGGAUUUCAAAAGUGACAGUAGCAUUAUCCUCCAAGAGAGGUUUCUCUAUGCCUGUGGAUUUGCCUCUCAUCCCAAUGAAGAACUCCUGAGAGCCCUCAUUAGUAAGUUCAAAGGUUCUUUUGGAAGCAAGGACAUCAGAGAAACUGUUAUGAUCGUCAUCGGAGCCCUGGUCAGGAAGCUAUGUCAGAAUGAAGACUGCAAACUCAAAGCAGUAGUUGAAGCUAAGAAGUUAAUCCUGGGAGGACUGGAAAAAGCAGAGAAGAAAGAGGACAUUAUGAUGUAUCUGCUGGCUCUGAAGAAUGCCCUGCUCCCAGAAGGCAUCCCACUUCUUCUGAAGUAUGCAGAAGCGGGAGAAGGGCCCAUCAGCCACCUUGCCAUUACUGCUCUCCAAAGAUACGAUGUCCCUUUCAUAACUGAUGAGGUAAAGAAGACCUUGAACAGGAUAUACCACCAGAAUCAAAAAAUUCAUGAGAAGACUGUGCGUACUACUGCAGCUGCUGUCAUUUUAAACAACAAUCCAUCCUACAUGGAAGUAAAAAACAUACUGCUUUCUAUCGGGGAGCUUCCCAAAGAAAUGAAUAAAUAUAUGCUCGCCAUGGUUGAAGACAUCUUACGUUUUGAAAUGCCUGGAAGCAAAAUGAUCCGUCGUGUUUCGAAGGAAAUGGUGGCUCAAAAUUAUGACCGUUUCUCCACCAGUGGAUCCUCUUCUGCCUAUACUGGCUACAUAGAACGUAAACCCCACUCCGCAUCUACAUACAGCCUAGACAUCCUAUACUCCGGCUCUGGCAUUCUAAGGAGGAGUAACCUGAACAUCUUUCAGUACAUUGGGAAAGGGGACCUUCACGGAAGCCAGGUUGUCAUUGAAGCCCAAGGACUGGAGGCCUUAAUUGCAGCCACUCCCGAUGAAGGGGAGGAGAACCUUGACUCCUAUGCUGGCAUGUCAGCUAUCCUUUUUGAUGUCCAACUCAGACCUGUCACUUUUUUCAAUGGAUACAGUGAUUUGAUGUCCAAAGUGCUGUCUGCCUCUGGCGACCCUGUCAGUGUGGUGAAAGGACUUGUUCUGCUAAUAGAUCAUUCUCAGGAGCUGCAGUUGCAAUCUGGACUAAAGGCCAAUAUAGAGGUCCAGGGUGGCCUAGCUAUUGAUAUUUCAGGCGCAAUGGAGUUUAGUCUGUGGUAUCGUGAGUCUAAAACCCGAGUGAAAAAUCGGGUGACCGCGGUAAUAACUGGUGGUGUCACGGUGGACUCCUCCUUUGUGAAAGCCGGCCUGGAAACCAGCACAGAGACAGAGGCAGGCCUGGAGUUCAUCUCCACAGUGCAGUUUUCUCAGUACCCAUUCCUGGUCUGCAUGCAGAUGGACAGGGAGGAGGCUCCGUUCAGGCAAUUUGAGACAAAAUAUGAAAGGCUGUCCACAGGCAGAGGUUACAUCUCUAGGAAAAGAAAGGAGCAACUACUAGCUGGCUGUGAAUUACCGCUCCAUCAAGAGAACUCUGAGAUGUGCAAAGUGGUGUUCGCCCCUCAGCCAGAUAGUACUUCCAGUGGAUGGUUUUGAACCUGACCAGGGAUGUUUCAUUGGAUUUUGUCUCCCCAGAAGGGAUGCGAUCUGACACGCCUAAGUGCUUACUCUCUGAGAGCACAGUGUUUACAUAUUUACCUGUAUUUAAGAAUUUUGUAGAAGGUUAUGAAAAACUUCAAUUGAUCAAUUGUGGGGCUAUUCAGCAUACACCCACAGUGUUGAAUCAUCAGGUGACACUUUCAACAACUUUCUUGGCUUUCUUGCUCUUCUCUCAAAUCCCAUUUGGUACAGUGAGGAUAGGUUCUGCUCAAAGAGGAAACGAGUGUCUGUUAAUAACAAAAACAAACCACACACUCUCAGAAGAGCCCAAUUUUGUUUCAACAAUUUUCUGCAUAUGUGAAGCCCUUGACAGAACCUUAAGCAUGGCAAGAAAACCAAACAUGUUGGCUAAUCAUAAAAAAAGGCCAUUGUUUAUUUCUUUUUUUCUUUUUUGAAGUUGGGGGUGGGGUGGGGAGAGGGUACAAGACUUCUGUCAGCCAGUUCCAAAAAUUAAUAUUUAUGUCUUCUGUUAAAGUUUAUGAAGCAUUAAGGUUGAAGGCACACAGAAUUCAAACACACCAUCUCCUAUUUCUACUGACCAUGUAAGUGAGGUUGCUUGGAAGCUGUUCAGACCUCUACUUCUAGCCAAACAAAAGUAUUAAACUUGGCACAUAGGAAUCAGAAAAAUUAAUUUCAUGAGCUUCAUUUGAUUUUUCUUAUGUGAUGUCUGUUUGAGACAAUAAUGUGCUGCAUUGUCCUUUAUGAGGGACAUCCUCUUAUAUUCAUCAUUUUGCCCCGCCUCAUUUAUUAUGUGGAGGAAGAUCCAGUCUAUUUGACUGCAAUCUGCAUAAGAGUUAGAUUAUGUUAGUAAUCUAACAUAAUUAGUUAGACUGCCUAAGAGGACACUGCUUUAAGAAACCAAUGCAUUGAAAUUUCUAAAAUAUGCAAUCAAGAAUAGAAUAUCUUGGAAAUGUGUAUGAAUUAUAAGAGCCAUGUUACAUUUGCAACUAUUUAUUAAUAAAAGCAGAUGUGUUUAUUGUGAUAAACCCAAAAUAAAUGACAGGUCCCAUUUGUGCAUUAGACGCACACACACACACAAAGUUUAGCUAGCCCACUAUUGGUUAUAAAUUGAAAUGAAGUGUGAUGAAAUAAAUAUGUGGAAAUCUUA